AUGGGCAGCCACCGAGCGGCUCUCUUCCUCCUCUGCCUCAUGGCCACAACCUGCAGAGGGGCGGAGCCCUCCUGCCCAGAAGCCCAGGUGGUGGACCUGAAUGGCAACAAGCUGACCAUCCUGAGGGGAUGUGCAGGGAUGCCUGGCUCUCCAGGGGCCCAGGGACCCCCUGGCUUACCCGGGGCCAAAGGUGAAAGGGGCUUGCAGGGAAUCCCUGGGGAAGUUGGACCCCCUGGGCCGAAAGGAGAAAAAGGGGAGGCAGGAAAACGCGGAGCGAAGGGGAAUAAAGGCGACAGAGGAGCAAUUGAUGAAAAGGGCUUCGACACUCUUCAGUGCAAGCGAGGUGCCCGAAGCUGCAAGGAGCUGCUGGCCCAGGGGGAGGUCCUGAGUGACUGGUACACCAUCUACCCCCAGGACUGCCGGCCCCUGCGGGUGCUGUGCGACAUGGACACCGAUGGAGGCGGGUGGCUGGUCUUCCAAAGGAGGUCGGAUGGCUCGGUGGAUUUUUUUCGGGACUGGGCUGACUACAAGAAGGGAUUUGGAAGCGAGCUGAACGAAUUCUGGCUGGGGAACGACCACCUUCACCGCUUGACCUCGAUAGGAAAAAAUGAGCUGCGUGUUGACUUGAUCGAUUUCGAAAGCAAUCACACCUUCGCCAAAUACGGAUCCUUCAAGGUGGCAGCCGAGUCUGACCUCUAUCGGUUGGCUGUGAGCAACUUCACGGGGGGGCCUGCAGGUGACUCUCUAAUCCCCAAACACGACACCAUGGCUUUCUCCACCCGAGACAAGAUCAACAACCCCAAGGGGCAGAAAUGCCCCCUGAAGUGCAAAGGCGCCUGGUGGUAUCGGCAGUGCCACGACUCCAACCUCAACUCCCUGUACUUUCAAGGACACCACAAUUCAGAGGGAGACGGCAUCAACUGGAGGACGGGGAGAGGCCACCACUACUCUUACAAGCACACGGAAAUGAAAAUCAGGCCGGUGGGUUAG